AGGAGCUGUGAGAGAUGAAGCAACGGUGAUGAAAAGGUGUGAGAACAUCAAGCUCUUACUAAGAAGCCUGCUUUUCACCUCUGUCUGCACCUCAUGUUGGCCUGUUUCGUCUGGCAUGUUUGUUGUGACCCAGAGUCCAGAUGUUUCUGUCAUGGAGGGAGAGACAGUAAACAUCACCUGCUGCUGGGCAGGAACGUUUGAAAGAUUCAGAGUGAACUGGCUGAAAAAUCAAACAGUCAUUAAGAGCGAGGCCAAAUUAAAUCAAUCUCACGGGUCUCUGAAAAAGGAGGCAAAGACCUGCUCACCUUUGAACAUUUCAAACAUCAGAACAGAGGAUUCAGGAUCAUACAUCUGUAAAGUGACUGUGGAGAUUCCAUCUUUAACUGAGGCUACAGGAAAUGGGACCAUCAUCACAGUCGGAGAGAAGACGAUGAACAACAACAACCACACAGACUCCACUCCUUCAUCAUCGCCUGUCAUCUUCGUCCUGAGGAGUCUGCCCUUCAUUCUCCUUGUUCUGAUCUUCUGCUGCUUUAGAAACAAGUGGACCACAUCACAGCGUCACAGGUCACUACAGCACAUCUGAACCUGACUCUGUUACACUUCAUGUUUUGUGCUUCUUGUAGUUUGUCGGUGUGAGUUGGUGUUUGUUGGCGCAUCGCUUUGGUCCAGACUGAAGUACCAACGAUGGGAUUUUAUAUUCAUGCUCCUCAGAGGAUAACCCCGUCCCUGAGGUUUGGGGGGUUUAGUGACGACUACAACUUUUACUACUGAUAACUACGGAUUAUGUUCCCAAUGAGAUCGUCUGAAACGUUUCUUCAUAGAGAAAUGUUUCACUAAAUGUCUUGAAGGUACCAUCAAACUUUAUCAUGUUUAAAGCUAAUUACUAAAGACAAGACAGAUGUUACCAAGGUAACAGGCUAGCUUAAGGUGGCUAACAGUCAUAUGUUGUAUCACUGCAAGGUCUUUACCUUACAAUACAGAAAGCACCGUGUCCAUCUUUUAUACGCUCUUAUGGUGAAAAAUUAAUUUGGUUUAAAAUGAUUAACGCUAAUGUAAAAAAAACUGAAAAAAGCUGCACUGUGUCAGGAGUGAUGUGCAGACUCAGCGAUGCGCAGAGUGAUGCAGACAGCAGCAGGAAAAGACCUUAACAGAAAACGAGUGAUUCAUUUAGAUGGAUGCAAAAGUGCAAAAACACAAAAUACUGAACGAUACACCGAAGAAAAAACACUGGCACCACCGAAACACUGAGACACAAGGACAGCUGCACCAAUGCUCUGAUGAGGGACAGAGAGAAACACAGCCAGUAUACUGAAGGGUGAUCAGGGAAGUGGAGACACACGGGAACACAGCUGAACCGAUUAAGAGACAAAGGAAGUAACAUUUAAGACACUGCACAAGGAGCACGAGCUCACCAAAGUAAAACAGGAAGCAGCAGGACACAAAGAGCAGGAGUAAAGCCCGACACACAUCACAGAGUAAACAGUCACGACUGGACUGUGGAAAGAAGGAAACACAGCAGAGAGUCAGAGGAAACAGGAUGGAUGAACUAAUAUGAAGAGUCUAUAGAAGGAAGUGACGCACGGGGGCGUUAAAAUACGUGUUUGCAUUGUUCUGUGUCAGCUGUGGUGAAGUUAUUUCAACAGAACAUGUUGUCACAGCAUCAUCAGUUAUAAUCUUGUAAAAUUACAAACGCGUGCAUCACUGUGAACAUGCAAAGUGUAACUCAUGUUUCAUGUUUCAGCUGCUGGAAGUGAAAGCAUGUCUGCCCAGAGAGGAGACCAAGAAGAAGAAGAAGUGAGAGAAGAAAAGUGGAAACACUGUAGAAACUUGUUCGGUGUUUUUGGUUUUAAAUUUAUGUGAUGAUUCCAAAAACUCUGUUGAUUAAAAAUGACUGAUUGUCUCA